GGCUGCUGGCCGAUGGUGUCUAUGAGUGGCCGCUCCAGCUCCUGCACAGGGCUCUCUGCUCUCUCCUCAGCCACAUGCACUUGCACUGAAAGCUGCUCAUACAAGGCAAGGCAGGAAAACACACACAACCCUAUAAUAAUAGUAAUAAGAGCUGCAUAAUGCUGCCAGCACUGUGAUCACCCCCUGUAAUACCCUGUGUAGGUGCCAGAGGAUGGUGGUGGCACCAGGACAGGGCUGCUGCUGGAUGCUGCUGCUGGAGGAGGAUAUGUCUGGUGUCUGCACAGGGAAUACACAGUGAAUGGCCAGGGUCUGUGCUUAUUGCCACUAAUAGAACAUGAAAGAGGUACAGAAAUGGCCCAAUUCCAUUAAAUUUCUCAUCUGAUACUUGACAAGUUGCGCGUAGGAUUGUUUUAUGUGGGCUUUCAAAAGUUCUACUUUUUUUUUUCUUUUACAUUUUGAUCUUUUUUAACUGGAUUUGAGAAAAUGAACAUGGACAAGCAAGAAGGAAAAAAGCACAGGAGAAGAGCUUGUGCUAAAAAGUAAUCUACUCUUCCAAAGUCUUGGAGAAGCCACUCAUCAAGGUGGUGGCUUAGGAGGAAGGAGGAGUACAUGGACUUGUUAUGGUGCCGUUCUGGAGUAGAGAUAAUGCUGUAGGACAGAGGUAGCCUAAAGAGAAGGAGAGAGACAAAAAGAAACAAAGGAAAAAAAGGGGCCCGUUUUCUGUCCUACUAAAUUAUGGAACUUUUGUGGAAGACGUUGACCUGGAUAUUGGGCCUUGUCAUGGUUUCAUCGGAAUCUCACAGGGACAGCAGACUCUCCUUUAGUUCUCAAGGGGAAUUCCUGUCUUACCUUGAACACUAUCAACUGACGGUUCCUAUAAGGGUUGACAACAUCGGGGACUUCGUCAGUUAUACUGUGAAGAAUGACAAACACUCUCGGAAAAGGAGGAGUACGGACCCUAAAGAUCAAGAGCAGGAGGCUUCUAAAUUAUUUUUUAAAAUUUCUGCCUAUGGCAAGCACUUUCAUUUAAACCUGACUCUGAAUACAGAACUGGUGUCAAAACACUUUACCGUAGAGUACUGGGGCAAGAAUGGGCCGGAGUUUAAGCAUGAUUUCAUAGACAAUUGUCACUAUACAGGAUAUUUACAGGACCAAAAUACUACAACAAAAGUGGCUCUAAGUAACUGCAAUGGCUUGCAUGGCGUAAUCGCUACUGAAGAUGAAGAGUAUUUUAUUGAGCCUUUAGAAAACAUAACUGAAAACUCCAAUCACUUUAACUCUGAAAGGGGCCACCCUCAUGUUAUUUACAGAAAGUCCGCCAUCCAUCAGCGACACUCAAGCAGCCAGGGAUACUGUGGCGUGAAAGAAGAUCUUACAGGGAAUCACAAGCCUUGGUGGUUAAACCAUACACUGUCCACCCCUACAACACCUUCAGACAAUGACACCGAAAAUGGUCUUCGCCGGCAGAGGAGGUCGGUUAGCGUGGAACGAUUUGUGGAGACACUAGUAGUGGCCGACAAAAUGAUGGUUGCGUACCAUGGGCGCAAAGACAUUGAACACUACAUUCUGAGCGUAAUGAAUAUUGUUGCCAAACUUUACCGUGAUUCCAGCCUAGGAAACGUUGUGAAUAUCAUAGUGACCCGGCUCAUAGUCCUCACUGAAGAUCAGCCAAACUUGGAGAUAAACCACCAUGCGGACAAGUCCCUCGACAGCUUCUGUAAGUGGCAGAAAUCCAUCCUCUCGCACCAGAGUGACGGGAACACAAUUCCAGAGAAUGGCAUCGCUCACCAUGACAAUGCUGUACUCAUCACCAGGUAUGACAUCUGCACUUACAAAAACAAGCCCUGUGGCACGUUGGGCUUGGCCUCAGUGGCUGGAAUGUGUGAGCCGGAGCGGAGUUGCAGCAUUAAUGAAGACAUUGGCUUGGGUUCUGCAUUUACCAUUGCACAUGAGAUUGGUCACAAUUUUGGCAUGAAUCAUGAUGGAAUUGGAAACUCAUGUGGGACCAAAGGUCACGAAGCAGCAAAGUUAAUGGCAGCUCACAUUACGUCAAACACAAACCCUUUCUCCUGGUCGGCAUGUAGCAGGGAAUACAUCACCAGCUUUCUAGAUUCAGGCCGGGGAACAUGUCUUGACAACGAACCUCCAAAACGUGACUUUGUGUACCCUGCAGUGGCUCCAGGUCAAGUUUACGAUGCCGAUGAGCAGUGCCGAUUCCAAUACGGAGCAACAUCUCGUCAAUGUAAAUAUGGGGAAGUGUGUAGAGAGCUCUGGUGUCUGAGCAAAAGUAGCAGAUGUGUAACCAACAGCAUUCCUGCCGCCGAAGGGACCCUGUGUCAGACUGGGAGCAUCGAAAAAGGGUGGUGUUAUCAAGGUGAAUGUGUAACUUUUGGAACCUGGCCUAAAAGUAUAGAUGGAGACUGGGGUCCAUGGUCAUUAUGGGGAGAGUGCACAAGAACCUGUGGUGGAGGAGUUUCGUCAUCUAUAAGACACUGUGACAGUCCAGCACCAUCAGGAGGAGGAAAAUAUUGCCUGGGAGAAAGGAAGCGCUACCGAUCUUGUAACACUGAUCCUUGUCCAUCAGGAUCACGUGACUUCAGAGAAAAGCAAUGUGCAGACUUUGAUAAUAUGCCUUUCCGAGGGAAAUACUACAACUGGAAGCCCUACACUGGAGGUGGUGUUAAAUCUUGUGCAUUAAACUGUUUGGCAGAAGGCUAUAACUUUUACACUGAACGAGCCCCUGCUGUUAUAGAUGGAACUCGCUGCAACGCGGAUUCCCUGGAUAUCUGCAUCAAUGGAGAAUGCAAGCAUGUCGGCUGUGAUAACAUUCUGAGCUCUGACGCCAAAGAAGAUAGGUGUCGGGUGUGUGGGGGAGAUGGAAGCACCUGUGAAGCUAUAGAGGGAUUCUUCAAUGAUUCAUUGCCUAGAGGAGGCUACAUGGAAGUCGUUCAGAUUCCACGAGGUUCUGUUCACAUUGAAAUUAAAGAAGUCGCCAUGUCAAAGAACUAUAUUGCACUGAAAUCUGACUCUGAUGACUAUUUUAUAAAUGGUGCUUGGACGAUAGACUGGCCAAGGAAGUUUGACGUAGCUGGAACAGCAUUUCACUACAAACGCCCAGCUGAUGAACCGGAAUCACUAGAGGCCUUAGGACCAACAACAGAAAGCCUGAUAGUAAUGAUUCUGCUUCAAGAACAGAACGUAGGAAUACGAUACAAAUUCAAUGUCCCCAUCACUCGUACUGGCAGUGGAGAUAAUGAAGUCGGAUUUUCUUGGCAUCACCUUCCCUGGUCUGAGUGUUCGGCCACCUGUGCUGGAGGUAUCCAGAAGCAGGAGGUUGUGUGCAGAAGACUGGACGACAACUCCGUUGUGCAGAAUAAUUACUGUGACUUUGACAAUAAGCCACCCGAAAACCAGAGAGCCUGUAACACAGAGCUUUGUCCGCCUGAGUGGUUUAUCGGGGACUGGACAGAGUGCAGUAAGACAUGUGAUGGGGGAAUGCGUACACGGACAGUGCUCUGCAUUCGGAGGAUCGGACCUUCAGAAGAAGAAACACUAGAUGACAUCAGCUGCUUAACUCAUCGACCCAUCGAAAAAGAAGCUUGUAAUAAUCAGUCUUGUCCUCCUCAAUGGGUUGCUUUGGAUUGGUCUGAAUGUACACCCAAAUGCGGACCUGGGUUUAAGCAUCGAAUCGUUCAGUGUAAAAGCAGCGACCUCUCCAAAACCUUUCCAUCCACAAGCUGCGCAGAAGAAAGCAAACCCCCAGUGCGGAUACGCUGCAGUCUGGGGCGAUGUCCUCCUCCUCGUUGGGUUACAGGCGAAUGGGGGCAGUGUUCCGCACAUUGUGGUCUGGGCCAACAGAUGAGAACGGUGCAGUGUCUCUCGUAUACGGGGCAAGCGUCGAGCGACUGUCCUGAAGCUGUCCGCCCGCCGUCAAUGCAGCAGUGCGAAAGCAAAUGUGACAGCAGCCCCAUUUCUAACACAGAGGAGUGUAAAGAUGUGAACAAAGUGGCUUAUUGCCCGCUGGUCCUGAAGUUCAAAUUCUGCAGUCGAGCAUACUUCAGACAAAUGUGUUGCAAAACUUGCCAAGGACAUUGACCCAUACCACAGCGUAACAAAGAGAGAGUAUUGUUAUCCAUAGUCGAAAUAGCGUCCCCUCCUCAGAAGGACGGAGAGGAAUGAGAUGGAUGUCCUUGAAAUGAGAUAACCCUGUGUACAACAUAACCACUCGUCAGCCCCAACUGACAGGAUUUCAAUAUUAUUUAACUUCUGUGAAGUGAAUUUAUUAUCCAAAGUGCUGGACACCCCAACAAGGAGAAAAGCCAAAUUGGAACAAUGUCAAACAGUUGAACAGAGCAGACUAUGGAACGUUUGUGUUCGCACAACUACCACAAUUGCCAAGCUUACCUCCUUGAACCAUUUUUAUUAUGGACUUACAAAAUGACACUGAAACAAUUUGUAUUUAAACUUUUCUUUUCUUUAUUUUUUUUUUUUUUUCAAAUGUAGCUGUUAUGACUUGGUCUAAAAAGAGAGAGAGAGAGAGAAAAUUCUUACGUCAUAGCUUAAAAAUUAUAAAUAUUUUAUCUCAGUUUUAUGGCACCACAGUUUAAGUUAUAAGAAUGGGCUUUGAAAUGUUAUUUAAAGAAAAAAAGCAAUUAUAAAUCAAAAACUAAAAUAAGUGUAUUUUGUUAUUCUGCCUGAAUUCUUCAGCGUUUUCCUGUAAUACUGCUGUGAAGCAUUUUACGUAUAUAAGUAAGAAUCUAAUGGUAUACAGUCGUCAGUAUUUGGAGGUGCAUCAUCGAAACCUGCACAUCAUAAACCAGGGAUAAAUUCAUAACAAUAUGUAGGUGUAGGUAGGAAAUAAAACAGCUUGGAAAGAAGUGUUGAAUGUCUUUAGAUGAUCCAGAGCACGGUGGACCUCAGUUACAAGGGUCAUUCCCAAUUUUAAGACCUAGAUUGUUUUUGCCUUUGCAAUGUAUUGAAGAAGCACGUAAAACAUAAAACUUGUGUGUGUUUAUAUGAAUAUAUAUUUAUAUACAUAUAUAUAUAGCAAACGAAGAGGGAGAGCAGCACACGGAGUAAUCAAACUUCAGAUAGUGGGUGCAGGCAGUCGCAGGGGCCCCGGUCCUGGGUCCAACGAGGUAGAUACAAGAAGGUUGACUGUAGCACA